CAUUCAUGGAUCUUAUCAUUGAAGGAUGUAACUGGAGACAAAUGUCAAAAGAUUAUAGCCUAAAAUCUUCACCAUGAAUGCAGAGCAAAGGUUUUGGAGAACGAAAAUAUGUAAAUGGAAAGAGGCUCUUCCUUCUAAUACGCAAUGAAACAGAUUUCAAUUUCGUUUGCGGUCCAUUUCCAAAUCAAACCAACGGUCUCCAUCAAUCCAGUUCUUCUCCAGCUCCGAAUCCAUUUUAAUGGCCUUUCUUUGCAUUUCCGUUUCUCUCUCUCUCUUUCUCUUUCUCUCUCAUUACUUUACGUUGCUAGUAUCAUACGCCAUUCAACCACCGCAAACAUGGUCAAUAUUUUUUCCCUUUCUUCACCAUACCCAUCUUCUCUCUCUCCGUCUGACUCCAUUUCCUUUCCCACUUCGAUCACUGCUCUUGACGUUUCUCCAGGAUGGGAGGAGUUCCCUUGAUCUUCGAAUGUGGUCUCGAUGCCAUUUGAGGGGUGUUACGUGAGUCUGGAAGGAAAUGGGAGGAAAUGUCUAUUUCAGAAUGCGAUGCAAGAUGUUAAAUGUUUUAUACAUUGCGGUCCAGUUGUUUGGGUAGUCCUGGACCGGAUGAACUCCAUCUGAUUGUUUCUCGAGUGUUGUGGAAAUCAAUGUCUGCUAAAAAUGCCCAGCAUCAGAGCACCCGGAGCGAAGAAAUCCACUACUCUAACGGUUGCAGUGAAAUGCCGUCCUCUAAGACACAAAGAGCGUGGCCGUGAUAUUGUCCAAGUUAUUGAAAGCAAGGAGGUGCUUAUACUGGAUCCUGACCUGUCCAAGGAUUACCUCGACCGCAUUCGGAAUCGAACGAAGGAAAAGAAAUAUUGUUUCGACCAUGCAUUCGGUCCAGAUAGUACUAAUCUGGAAGUCUACACAAAAAGUAUUUCUUCCAUAAUUCCUGAAGUUGUUCAAGGUCUGAACGUGACUGUUUUUGCCUAUGGUUCAACUGGAAGCGGUAAAACGUACACAAUGGUUGGGACCAAAGAUGAUCCUGGACUCAUGGUGCUCAGUUUGCAUACUGUAUUCGAUCUUAUAAAAAUGGACAAGCGGGCCGAUGAGUUUGAAGUUACUUGCUCAUAUCUUGAAGUCUAUAAUGAAAUAAUCUACGAUUUGCUUGAAAAAUCAUCUGGUCAUUUAGAACUUAGAGAGGAUCCUGAGGAAGGAAUAACUGUUGCUGGGCUUAGGUGUAUCAAGAAACAAAUGCCCACAAUUUUGGGUUUACUUCAGGUUCAUUCUGCGGGUAAAAUUCUUGAACUUUUGAACAUGGGUAAUAGUCGGAGGAAAACCGAGAGUACAGAGGUAAACGCUACCUCUUCAAGAUCACAUGCAGUUUUGGAGAUUAGUGUGAAAAGAAAGGGAAGAAACAAAUAUCCAAAUCAGGUCUUGCAUGGGAAACUUGCACUUGUAGAUCUUGCUGGUAGUGAACGCGCUACUGAGACAAAUAAUGCUGGCCAAAAAUUGCGAGAUGGAGCUAACAUUAAUCGUUCACUUCUUGCUUUAGCAAACUGCAUAAAUGCGUUGGGAAAACAACAGAAAAAAGGUCUUGCUUAUGUUCCUUACCGUAACAGUAAACUGACACGAAUUUUGAAAGAUGGUUUAAGUGGUAAUUCUCAGACUGUGAUGAUUGCUACGAUAUCACCUGCAGAUAUUCAGUAUCAUCACACUGUGAAUACAUUGAAAUAUGCUGACCGAGCAAAGGAAAUUAAGACACACGUACAGAGAAACGUUGGAGUAGUAGACACCCAUGUAUCAGACUACCAACGGAUGAUUGAUAGUCUUCAGGUUACUGAGGUUUGUCAACUGAAAAAGAAACUUGCUGAAAAGGAGUCCGAACUCAGUAGUAAACCUGCUGAAAAGGCUGCAGAUGAUGAGCUGUCUUGGUUGAAUAUCAUAAGUCAUGAAAUAAGUGAGAACGUUCAGGAAAGAAUAAACUUACAGAAAGCUAUGUCUGAGCUUGAGGAAACCAACCUUAAUAAUCGCUCAGAACUCCAACGACUUGAUGACAUUAUUUCAAGACAUCAGGCUGUUGAAUUGGAUGGAGCAAUCGUAAAGGAUUUGAUUGCCCGACGUCUAGUAAUUUUAGAUAACAUUCGUGAAAAUGAUGAAGCAGGAAUCAAUUAUCAGAAGGAAAUUGAAGCCAAUGAAAAGCAGCGGGGUCAACUUCAAGGCAUGAUUGAUGAAGCCGUUAGUAGAAAUGGGAAUAAAACCUACUUGCGGAUACUUAGUCAGUAUAGACUGCUGGGAAUGGCUAACUCUGAGCUUCAGUUAGAGGUGGCAAUGAGAGAUCAAGUCAUUCGCCAUCAACGAGAAGGUCUGAAAAACUUGUGGAACCUGCUUAUGGGACAGGGACUUGACGAGAAACAGAUAUCGCACCUUGCAGUCAAGCAGGGUCUGAGAAUUGAAGGCUGGACAAUGACUCCUCUGGCGCUUGUUGAAAAGCAGUCGUCUAGUCUCACUUCUAGUAGACCUACAUCUGUUGGCCCAUCUUCUGGAAUAGAGUACUUGGAGGGAACCAAAACUUGUGACUUCACCAUCAGCAUAUUCAAGGGAUAGGAGUGUUGAUGGGAAGUCAAACAUGUGUUUUGGUUCCCCUGAGAAGCGAGAUCCUUACCAGUCGUUUUUGGAUAUGUCAAGUCAUGCUUCUCAUGGUAGGAGCUGCAUAUCAACAUCAUCUGCUGUUAGCGAUUUAGCGAGCGGCAGAAGGUAAGUUUGAGUCCUGUUAUAUAGGCAAUUAUCAUACUAAUAUUUCAAAACUCAUCUUAAAUAGAUAGCUUGUUUUGGAUCGUUCUUCUCAAGAGAUCAGUUUGAAUUAGUCUUCUUACCCAUUGAAAGCCUAUCUGACGAGCUUACCGCAAGUUCUUUUCUUCGGGUGGCUCCAGACUUGUGUACAAGCACAUUCAUUCUGAGAUGCACAUUAUCUUCGAACAAUGCAAUUAGUUCUCUAACAGGAUUAUUGAGGUCACAUCUUUUACUAAGAAAUUAUAGUGGAGGAGGGGAUAUAGCAACAUCUAUUACUAGAAAUUUACCAAGCAACACAAGAAAAGGAUACACAAGCCCAUUCACAUGGCUUUAACAUAGACUGUGCUAAUGAAAACAAGCACUUGGAUCUCGCAUGCUUUGCCCAUUUUCUGCUAGUGGGUAAGGGCCCUUUGGUUUUGAUCUAUUGACCCUGAUCAUAGAGGCUAGACCUCUGUUUUCUCGGACCAAGAUUUCCGAUGGCAUUACACUUAUUUUUUUAUGAAGUCACUUGUUAUUGGCUCUUUAGAUUCUUUUUCCUCUUCCAUUAGUCAAUAGGGGGAGAAUGGUUUGGGGCAACAUAGCUAACAACCAGAUGUAACACUGGUGCUAGUUUGCCUGUAUAUGUAUACCAUUUUGAUGCAAAUACUAUUUGUGGAUGGCGAGACAUUUUAUGAAUCGUAAAGUAAGUUGUUAAAUUUUAUUUU